UUAGCAGUCGACAUAUCGAUUAUCAUUCGCUAGCCUGGUCAGCAACAACGCUGCCAGGGCGUAGAAAUUCUCGGUAUGUUUUCGACUUGGUAUUUCCUCGGUUUCGUCACGUUAAACGACUUAUGAGAGGUCUGAUCGCUGGUUUCGUUUAAAAUGAGGCGUUAAGAUCAUCGAGAAACAUGGCGCAAUCGAUUUUUGACGCUCUAACAGGCGUGUCGCUGGACAGUCCUUCUGUGCAAUCGUUAUUGGAGUCUCAGACUCUAAUAACAGAAGUGGAGCAGUCAGCGAUCGAUCAGGAUGAAGAAGAUAUCUUUCAGUGUGGGAAAUGUAAGAGUCAGUUUACAUCGUUACACAUGUUUGUAUUGCACAAAAGGACUCAUCAAAAAACGCAAGAAGAAACCAUAGAUUUGAGCCAAUUUUUGGUAAAUGAUGAAAACCAGACAGUCCACCCAGAAAAUACUGAUGAAGAUGCAUCAGAAUAUAAUCCACAAGAAACAUUUGUUCAAGGUGAUCAACUUAGCGAGCCAAUUAUACUCGAAGAAUCAGACAUGCUGUUCAGCAUGGACCAAGAGGGUGCUAGUUAUUUUACAACAGAUUCCACGUUUAGUGUUCCAAUUAUAUUGAGUUCAGAAAGUUUAGAUACUUUCGCCAGCUCUACUAUUCCGACAGAUAAUGAGCCUAUGAAAGACGAUUCGAACGAAGUACCUCAAGUUCUACCAAGUGAUAUCCCUCAGGAUGAAGCUGCUAAUACUUUAGAAGCAGUCGAUUUACCAGUAGCUAGUGAAACUCUAUCAACAGAAUCAGAAACUUCUAGUAAUCAAACACAGAAUUUAAAAUACAAGUGUAGUUAUUGUAACAAGCAGUUUGCAAAAAAAUUUUAUUGGCAGCAACACGAGCGUUCUCACACGGGGGAAAAACCGUAUCAAUGCGUUGUAUGUGGACGUGCAUUCGCACAAAAGUCUAAUGUGAAGAAGCACAUGUCAUCCCACAAAGUGUGGCCUGGCACUGCUAUACACUCCCUACCCCCUGAGGCACCACCAGAUGGGAGUAUAGAUCGUACCUAUCAUUGUCAGUUUUGUAAAGAAAUAUUUGAUUCGUACAAGGCUCUAAAGGGCCACCUUAUAAUCUCUCACUUAGCACUGAAAGUGUACAAAUGCGUGCAAAGUAGUUGUAGCAUGAUGUUCUCCGAACUGGAGGAUUUUUUAGAACAUACUCGUAGUCAUCAGAGAUCAGAGUAUCGUUGUCACGUGUGCGGCGAGGUAUUCAAUACUCUGUCUGAUCUUGGGCUUCAUCAGUAUGCCCACUCCGUCCAAAAGCAAAAGACAACAGAGAAGUAUUACUGUUGCUCUGUUUGUAAGUCCUCUUUCUCGAAUCUGGAGGCUUUGCAACACCAUACAGAAACGACAACACACGACUAUGCCUGUCUACAUUGCGGUAAAAGUUUCUUGAUCGAACGAUUUUUGCGGCGUCAUUUGAAAACGCACGCGUCGUCCGCACGAUUUGCCUGUGAGGAUUGCGGGAAGGCCUUUAAAACCGAGCAAUACUUAGCCAAUCAUAAGUUAAUACAUAGCGAGGAGACACCAUUUUUGUGUCCACAUUGUCCAGCCAGAUUCAAACGAAAAGAUCGUCUGGGUCGCCACAUGCUGAUUCACGAUCUUACUAAGAGAUUAAAGUGUCCUUUUAGAGGUUACUUAGGUUGUAUGAGCGAAUUCUCCCGACCCGACAAAUUAAAGCGUCAUCUCCUGACGCACAGCAAUAUCAAAAGAUUUAGUUGUAGUCAUUGCAAUCGUAAUUUCCAUCGGGCACAAGCUCUCAAGCAUCACGAGAUGAACAAGCAUAGUUUGAAAUGCGAAAUUUGUUCGCACGCAUUUAAAACUAAAGACCAGUUACUGACUCAUAAUUGCGACCAAUCAAAUGAAUCUAAGAAGCACACAAGUUCGCAGUUACCUAGGAAAGCUUCUGGAUCAUUUAAACCAAGGAAACCUACUCCAAAGAGACAAACAUCAUCGAAGACUGCAAUUGGACUUGCUGAUAAGGAGAAACUAGAGAAAUUUAAGGCUGACGAAAUACAAAGAAAAAUUACCUCCGAAACGUUUAAGUCUGACGACUACAAAGACGAAACAUUUACCAAAAAAUUAGAGAAUAAUUCUGUAUCAAAAGAACUUGGUUCAACGAUCGAAGCAUUCAUCAAAUCUGAUGCAGCGGACAAUGAAAUCAAACGCAACAUUGAUAUAUAUUCGGUACAACAAAUAGGCGAAUAG